UAGGGUAUUCAGUUAAAUGUAUGCAUUUGUCUUGCCGCGGAAAUCUCGAACCUUUGGCCGUGUUAAGAUGUCUAGGAAUCCCAAUGGACUUCCAGUCUAUAUUGUUUUGCUCCUGAUUUUGUGUAUAUUUGGAGAAAAUACAGGUACAUCAUCAUCCACAAGUGAUGCUUCGCAAAAUACGCAGACAGCCGGUUCAGAGUUUGACCACUCGGACGUCAAUCUAGUCGCAGGUGAUUGUAAUUUGCGACAUGGUCCAGUUAAUGCUGCAAGAACUUUUCACGAGUGCGUGGAGUCACAGUCGCUGACUGAUGAAGAGCCCAGGGAAAACACAGAUGCCUCAUAUAUAGCCAAAACCAUAGAAGAACUCACGGAAAAAUACAACGGUGACUACGAUGUUCAGCCGGCAUUGAUCCCAAGUUUGUUUUCCAACGUACCCCCCACAAUAAACUUUGUAAGGCCGGAACAAAAAGUUGAAGAGUUUCCACCGGCAAUAAAAAAUAGAUUGAAGUAUUUCAGAGGCAUAAACGCAUUAGUCGAAAGUUUCCUGUUGCGGUCUGGAUUUUCCGUCACAUCAGACUCCUCAGUAUAUAUCUUACACUAUGGGGUUCCAUUUCAACCACACCUGACGCACCUUCACAGCUACCUUAGGCCACAGGCAAAGUUCAAUCACAUUCCCGGUAGUCAUCAUUUGGGGUGUAAGAAUCUACUGGCUUGGGGACUGGCGCGACAACGACAGAAAUACGGCGAGGAAGAGUACGGCUUCUAUCCAGAGAGUUACAUUUUCCCAGGAGACAAGCAAGCUUUCAGGAAAGCGUGGGAUGCCACUCCUGAAGGAGAUAUGUGGAUACUUAAGCCGGCGUGUUUAUCAGGAGGAGAGGGAGUGAGUAUUUUGACGGACUUGGAAGAAAUUCCCCAGGAAGCUGUCGUACAAAGAUACCUUCCAAAUCCCUUGCUGAUAGACGAGGCUAAGAUGGACCUACGGAUAUACGUGCUGGUGGGAAGUAUAGACCCACUUAGGGUAUACAUCUUCCCUGAGGGCGAAGUCAGAAUAGCCAUGGAGAAGUACUCCAUGGACAAAUUCGAAAAGAGAGACAUACAUUUAACUAAUCUCGCUGUCAAUAGGAUGAAUGCUAACUUUACCCCCGACAAGAUAAAUAAACUUAGACCGUAG